AGGUAACGUGCCAUAAAUUCCCAGGACCCGGGGCAGCACUCACUUGACAUGUACUUUUUGCCCUUUUCAAUCCUUUUCUCAACUAAAGGAUUGGGGCUUAAAAAUGAUGGUAUUAUUCUUGAAUCUCCUGAGAAUUGGGGUGCUACUACUAGGCAUCGCGUCGUCUGCAGCUCAGGCGAAGGAUCAAGAUGUUGGCUUCUGCUGCAAGAUCAUCGAAUCCCAUAUCCCAGAUCGCAUUUCCUAUCCAAAGAGCAACAUCUACGAUGAGUCGCUGUCCUCGUACUACUCCGGUCAAGAGAGCGAGUUGCAGCCGGCAUGCAUUUUCAGCCCCACGCAUGCGACUGAAGUGUCAGUCUUCGUCAAGCUAAUAACUAGCAAGUGUUGUGGCUCUUCGACGUCACCGCAAUUCGCCGUCCGGAGCGGCGGGCACAGCAUUUGGAGCGGGGCAGCCAACAUUGAGGGAGGCAUCACCGUCGAUAUGAGGUCAAUGAACUCGCUGGUUCUGAGCCACGACAAGAAAGUAGCGUCUCUGGGCGCUGGUGGCAUCUGGAGUGAGAUAUACGAGCAACUGGUCCCGUACAACCUCACCGUUAUGGGUGGACGCGUUGCGGGUAUUGGGGUUGGAGGUCUUGCAACCGGAGGGGGAAUAAGUUACCUCUCCCGACAGCACGGCUGGGUGUGCGACAAUAUAUACAGAUACGAGGUGGUUCUCGCAAGCGGCGAGAUCAUCCACGCCACCGCUAGCUCGCACUCGGACCUCUGGCUAGCCCUCAAGGGCGGCUCAAAUAACUUCGGAAUUGUCACGCGCAUCGAUGUUCCGACCUGGUCCCUGGGACAGAUGUGGGGAGGCGGGCUUAGCUUCAACUACACGAGGGAGGUAUUGGAUGCUCACGCCCAGGCCUUCAGCAACUUCAUGGAUCCGAUAAACUUCGACGACGCGGCGGAUAUGGGCGUUGCUUUGGUCUUCCAAAACCCUGGCCCCGUUUACGUUGUUGGGAAUUCCCUCUUCUACGUCAAACCGGUAGUGAACCCUCCGGUAUACCAGCCAUUUACCUCGAUCCCCAACCCGAUCGGAUCUUCACUGGGUCUGACGAAUGUCAGCGCCUUGACUUCCGAGGCCGGAGGUACACUUCCACCCGGCAUCACGCGUGCGAUCGACAUUGUGUGCUCCUUCAAGAACAGCGAUGCAAGCCUCUACUCACAACUCUUUCAGACCUGGGAAGACGGUACCAAAGACCUGGUCGAUGUCGAAGGACUCCAACUGGUUCUCCUUAUCCAACCGCAUCCAGUAACCAACGGCACGAAUUCGCUUGGGCUGCGCCCUGGAGAAAAGGACCUCGUCCUCUCUGUCCUCACAGCUGCAUAUGCAAACAAAGAAGACGAUGACAGGGUCCAGGAGGGAAUGCAAGCCAUUGUCGACAGGCAUAAUGAGAUUACGCGAGACAGGGGAUUGUAUAUACCCUUCCAGUACCUCAACUAUGCCGACAAGUCCCAGGAUCCGAUUGGGAGCUAUGGCGAAGACAUCAAGGCUCGAUUGCAAGCUGUCAGUAGGAGGUAUGAUCCUCACGGCUUGUUCCAAACUGGGGUUCCCGGUGGGUUCAAGCUAUUUUAGACCAAGCAGUCAUUGCAAGCCAAGAUUGUGCUUGCUUCUUCUGUCCGUUUUGGAGAAUGCCCGAUUUGACUCUGCCGAUUGUAAACUUGGGUUUCAUCACAUGGAUCCAGUCCUGCUACGUUUCUUAAUUUCACUGCACACUGAGAAGGAUUGCCUCGGUUUCUUAAACUAGGGCUUCUGGGGCAUCGACGUGAAGAAGCACAAAUACACCAGGUGUUCCUCCCGCUCAGAAAGUGCCGCACGUUAUAGUCCCC